GGAGCGCGAGCCUUCCUGACUCUGCUGGAGGUACUACAGCUUCGCGUUGCGGCGUUUCUGCCGCAGCCCGCGUCAAGUGAGGGCUCCCGGCCCCCGGCUGCGGCGCCCGGCGCGUGUUGGCAGGCUCGGGGCUCGCGCCGCUGACGCGGGCUGGGCCGGCGGGCGGUUAGCGCCCCGUUCGACGCCGGGAGCUCCGCGGCCUGAGCCGACGCGGGCGGCCGGGCUCUCGGGUUCUCUUCCCCAGGCCGGAGCCAGUCGGUGUCCCGGCGGAGAGACGGGCAGCCGGGCUCCCUGGCCCCGGGCCGCCCCCGGCUGGGGCGGCUGGGGCAGGGGAACGAUGUCUGCUCGCGCCCGGGUGCCCGCCGCUCACCCUCAGGAGGAGCGGCCCGCGGUACCAGCUGAGAGGGAGUCGCUGUCGGCCGCGGCGAGCCGGCAAGCCGGGAAGCUGCCCCCGCCCGAACGGGAGGGCAAGGAGGCGGCGAGGGAGGAGAGGAACGCGCUCGCCACCAGCACGGGGGCGCGGGGAGAGCCCUUGCCGGCGCCCGUGCUGGGACACAGCGUGCCUCAGGCGGCCGUGUCCGUGAAGCCCCUGGCGCUGCACCUGGCGCACAAGGCGCGCGGGCAGGGGGGGCCCUUCGGCUGGGAGCCGCCGCCACCGCUGCCGCGGGACCCGCCGGCCGAAGACGCCCGGGAGGAGGAGGCGGCGGCGGCAGGCUCUGAGGAAAAGCUACCGCCGGCGCUGCCGCGGAAGGAGAAUCCCUGGACCAAAAAGCCUCCCCAGCACCUGUCCGCCGCCGGGACGGGGCCGCCGCCGCUGCCCCCACUGGAAACCCUGGAGGCAGAGCUCAGUUCCCCCCAAAUUAUAAAAGCAGGAAAACUCAAGACAAAGAAAUCCAACAAGGCUAGUGAUUUCAGCGAUAUGGCGAACUGGCCAACACCAAGUGAAUUAGUGAACACUGAAUGUCAGAGUGUCAUCAGCCUAGGAAAUAAGAAGCCACAAAAUAGAAAAGAAAGAGAAGACAAGGUUGAGAAGAGAAGUAACAGUGAAAGCAAAGAAAGCCGGGAAACAAAAUUAGAUGGUCCUGGUGAAAAUGUCAGUGAGGAUGAGGCUCAGUCAAGUAAUCAACGAAAGAAAGCUAAUAAGCACAAAUGGGUACCACUCCACUUAGAUGAUGUAAGACCAGACAGUCAAGAAAGACCAGGGUCCCGGAAUAGCUCAAGAUGUCAACCUGAAGCAAAUAAAUCAUCACAUAACAAUAGGAGAAAUGACACACGAAGUUGGAGGCGUGAAAGAGAAAAGAAAGAUGAUCAAGAUGAAGUUUCCAGUGUGAGAAGUGAGGGUGGUAAUAUCCGAGGUACCUUUAGAGGCCGAGGAAGAGGCCGAGGACGGGGAAGAGGACGAGGCAGAGGAAAUCCUCGAUUGAACUUUGAUUAUUCAUAUGGUUAUCAAGAACAUGGUGAAAGGACUGGUCAACCAUUUCAAACAGAACUUAAUACCAGUAUGAUGUAUUACUAUGAUGAUGGUACAGGCGUACAGGUGUAUCCUGUGGAAGAAGCAUUGCUUAAAGAGUAUAUUAAACGCCAAAUUGAAUAUUACUUCAGUAUAGAAAACUUGGAACGGGACUUCUUUCUUAGGAGAAAGAUGGAUGAGCAAGGUUUCUUGCCUAUUUCCCUGAUUGCUGGUUUCCACCGUGUUCAGGCUCUCACUACAAACCUUAAUCUCAUUUUAGAGGCACUGAAAGAUAGCACAGAAGUGGAAAUUGUGGACGAGAAAAUGAGAAAAAAGAUAGAACCAGAAAAAUGGCCAAUUCCGGGCCCUCCUCCACGUAGUGUGCCACAAACAGACUUCUCUCAACUGAUUGAUUGCCCAGAGUUUGUACCAGGCCAAGCCUUUGGUUCACAUACAGAGUCUGCCCCAAAUUCUCCAAGAAUUGGAAGUCCACUGAGCCCAAAGAAAAACACUGAAACAAGUAAUCUUCAAGCAAUGUCUAGAGUUUUGUCUGCCAGUUUGCCCGACUUGGACUCAGAACCUUGGAUAGAAGUAAAAAAGAGACAUCGUCCAUCCCCAGUGAAAUUGAAGGAGUCACCACCUCUACCUGAAGAGGCAUCAAAUCAACUCUAUCUUCCAGAUGAACAAGAACAAGAAGAACUUGAUUUUUUAUUUGAUGAAGAGAUGGAACAAAUAGAAGGGCGAAAAAACACAUUUACUGAUUGGUCUGAUAAUGAUUCAGAUUAUGAAAUUGAUGACCAGGAUUUAAACAAGAUUUUGAUUGUAACUCAGACACCACCUUACAUGAGAAAACAUCCUGGAGGAGAUCGAACAGGCAACCACAUGUCUGAGGCAAAAAUUACAUCUGAACUUGCUAAAGUUAUCAAUGAUGGCUUAUAUUAUUAUGAGCAGGAUUUGUGGAUGGAAGAAGAUGAAAACAAACACACAGCCAUAAAGCAAGAAGUCGAGAACUUUAAGAAGCUAAAUCUCAUUAGUAAAGAGCAGUUUGAAAACCUAACACCUGAACUUCCUUUUGAGCCAAACCAAGAAGUUCCUGUAGCACCUUCACAGUCCAGGCAAGAUUUGACUGAUGAAUUAGCUCAGAAGUUAUUUGAUGUUUCAGAAAUAUCUUCAGCAACAAUGGCCUGUUCAUUACCCACAGCAGUUCCAGAAUCUCCUAGAAUUUAUCCUGCAAGGACACCCAAAACACCUCGAACACCUGGAUUACAAGAUCCAAACAAAACACCAAGAUUUUAUCCUGUUGUUAAAGAACCCAAAGCCAUUGAUGUAAAGAGUCCAAGAAAGAGAAAAACAAGACAUAGUACAAAUCCCCCUCUCGAGUGUCAUGUUGGUUGGGUAAUGGAUUCCAGAGAUCACGGGCCAAGAACAUCCUCUGUCAGCAGUUCAAAUGCUUCGCCUUCAGAAGGUGCACCACUAGUAUGUACUCCUCAUUCAUUCCCAAAGUUCCAGCACCCUUCUCAUGAACUUUUGAAGGAAAAUGGCUUUACCCAACAAGUGUACCACAAGUAUCGUAGAAGAUGCCUAAGUGAGAGAAAACACUUGGGAAUUGGCCAGUCCCAAGAAAUGAAUACCCUCUUUCGUUUCUGGUCCUUUUUCCUCAGAGAUCACUUCAAUAAAACAAUGUAUGAGGAAUUUAGACAACUUGCUUGGGAAGAUGCAAAAGAAAAUUACAGGUAUGGAUUAGAAUGUCUGUUCAGGUUUUAUAGUUAUGGACUGGAAAAAAAAUUCAGACAAGAAAUUUUUAAGGAUUUCCAAGAAGAAACCAAAAAAGACUACGAAUCUGGUCAGCUGUAUGGAUUAGAAAAGUUUUGGGCUUAUCUAAAAUAUUCUCAAUCUAAGACACAGUCUAUUGACCCCAAACUUCAGGAAUACCUCUGUAGCUUUAAGAAGUUGGAAGACUUCCGUGUUGACCCCCCUAUAGGUGAGGAAUUUGAAAGAAAAAGACAUUCAUCUACUUCUGGUGAGGAGAGUAAUCGUCACAGACUUCCGUCUAAUUCCUCUACAAAGUCACCGAGUGCUGCUAAGCCUACACCUGCCAAUCGGCUUCGGGUCCCAACAAACUCUCCCAGAAGGAAUACUUCACAGCAGUCCAAUGACAAUUCACACCAGAACAGUGCUGCCUCAGUCUCAACACAUGGUGAACUGCCUGAGAAAUAGACUCUGAUGAAAGUUGUUUGCCCUUGAAAUCAACAUUUACAUCAGUAAUUAUUGGGGGAAAUCUUCUGACGUUUAAUUGUG